GUAAUUGGUCUACAAAUGCGCACUCCGGAGCGUGCGGCCCGAGACAGAGCUACUCCUCUCACACUAUCAGCAGAAGCAAGUUCACACUCAUCUGUCUUUUUCCUUGGGAUUAAAACAAUGGACUGGAUAAUCAUUGCUACCUUAUUCUUGUCAGUGUUAAAUGCUGCACUUUGUUUCAAUAUUGAUCCUGUGGCUUGGAAGACCCUGAGUAACUCUGCUGCUGGUUUUGGCUACCAGGUGGUGCAAAGACAAUCAGAUUUGCUCAUCAGUGCUCCACUGGAACAGUAUUCACAAAAUGGAAGGGGAGAAAUAUUUAGGUGCAGCACCUCUGCCCAAAACUGCCAAAAUAUACAAUUGCAAGCACCAGGUUUUGCAGUCAACAUGUCUCUUGGUUUGACAAUGAAAAGUGAUCCUACAGCACAAAACACUGUGGUGUGUGGUCCAACCAUUCCAAAGGACUGCAAAAGUAUCACCAUGUACAAUGGUGUGUGCUUUCAGAUAGACCCUUCUAAUACAUUUGGACCACCUGUACCUUCUUCCCUUGAAGUGUGCCCGGCGCAAGUAGACAUUGCCUUUCUGUUGGAUGGUUCAGGAAGUGUAUCUCAAGGAGACUUUCGGAGAAUGAAGAUGUUUGUGAAAGAUCUAAUCCAGUCAUUUCUCUCAAUUGAUGCACAGUUUUCUGUUUCCCAGUUCUCACUUUUACCGCAGGUUCAUUUUUAUUUUAAGAAAUUUUCCUCAUCUGGAUCAAUUGAGACUGACAUUGAUGGAAUAUCUCAGCAGAGGGGAGCCGCUUACACAGCUAAGGCCAUCAGACAUCUUGUGGAAAAUGUUUUCACAUCACACGGAAGGUCCAGACCGAAUGUGAAGAAGGUCUUGAUAGUAAUUACUGAUGGAGAAUCUCAGGAUCGGACUGAUCUGGGAGGUGCAGCACAGCUAGCAGAGAGUAAAAACAUUGUUCGAUUUGCUAUUGGUGUGGGAAACGCAUUUACUCAGCACGCAGCAAAACGAGAACUGGACACCAUUGCAUCGUCUCCCUCAGACAAACAUGUGUUUCAAGUGAAGAAUUUCAAUGCAAUUGAAAUAAUAAGACUGAAUCUGCAGGAAAAAAUUUUUUCAGUUGAAGGAUCUCAAACCAGUGGAGAGUCACUGAAAAUGGAAAUGUCUCAAGAGGGAUUCAGUGCAGUUUAUGUGCCUGAGGGAAUUCAGAUGUCUAUUGUUGGUGCAAACCAGUGGAAGGGAGGCUACGUGCAAUACACAACAGGAGGCCAGAAGCUGAAAACAUAUGAGGACAUGUCUUUGGAGCCUGACAGUUAUCUUGGUUACUCCAUGGCAACUGCUAAAACCCAAACUGGUUCACUGACAAUUGUUGGUGCUCCAAGAUAUAAACACAGAGGAGUUGUGGUCGCUAUUAACAGACAAAGCUUUGAAAACCAAAAGAUUGAGCCCCUUUCAUCACAGUAUCAGACUGGUGAAUAUUUCGGGGCAGAGGUGUGUACCGUGGACAUAAAUAAUGAUGACAUCACUGAUCUAAUCUUCAUAUCAGCCCCAAUGUACAUGGAGCCUGAUAGAGAGGGAAGAGUUUAUGUUUGCAGAUUAACUGAUUUGUUUGUGGAGUGUAAUUUUGAUGAUCCAUUAGUACUAAGAGGACAUGCAGCUGUCAAAGGAAGGUUCGGCUCUUCUCUUGCUGUACUGCCUGAUCUAAACUCAGAUGGAUUCAGGGAUUUGGCAGUUGGAGCACCUUUGGAGAAUAAUGGUGAAGGCAGCAUCUACAUAUUCCACAGUGAAGGAGGAGGAAGGAUCAGUCCUACUUACUCACAGAGAAUUACUGGCUCUGAGGUCCAGUCAGGACUGAAGUUCUUCGGUCUAUCGAUCAGUCAGUCGUCUUUUGACCAGAGUGGUGAUAAACUUCCUGACUUAGCGGUGGGUUCAAAGGGCACAGUUGUUUUACUGAGAUCAAGACCCAUAGUAAUGGUGAAAGCUGAGGUGUCAUUCAGCCCAGUCCAAAUCCCUACACAGAAUGUAGACUGCUCAAAACCAUUGGAGAACACAGCUAACAUCUGCUUUACUAUGAGUUCAAUAUCUACAGUCAACACAGAGUUUGAUGCUCAAGCAAGCAUUCAUUAUACUUUAACACUGGAUGCCACUCGCAAACCUCCAAACAACCGAGCUUAUGUCAGUGGGAAACAACGAGAGGAGUCCGGCUCAGUUACAGUUGAAUCAACUGGCAAACUGUGCUCAACCGUCACAUUCUUCAUUGAGGCCUGUCCAGAGGAUGCACUCAAUGCACUUUCCAAUGAGCUGAAAUUUACAUUUGAUGGUUUACCCUCAACCACACAACUCAGACCAAGUCUCGCCCCACAGGCUCAAACAACAACCAUUUAUCCUUUAGAGUUUGAGAUCAACUGUGGCUCUGACAACAAAUGUGUUGACCACCUGAAAGUGGAUUUCAACUUUACCAGCUUCAUACUCUACAGAUCCUCAGAGGUUAAAGUGGGCAUUGAUGAGCUUUUGAAUGUCACAGUCACAGUGGAGAACAGAGGAGAAAACUCCUACAACAGUCAUGUUAUUCUCACGUACCCAGCUGGACUCUCCUACAGAAAGUUCACGAGUUGGCAGGGAAGAAUUGAAUGCAACUCUUUGGACAGUGAAGAUGGUUUAUCACGAGGAAGGACGGAUUGCACUAUUGACAAGCCAAUUUUCAAGAGCAAAACUAAGGCUUUCUUCACUGUCUCCUAUGGGAUUGACACAAACAGUCAACUUGAGAGGGAGAUCUUUGUUACUGCAAAUGCCACCAGUGGAAAUCAGGAGCAUGCCACUACAAGUGAACUCUACAAAAAGAAAUCGAUUGAUGUGAAAUACAGCAUUUUUAUGACAUUUGAAAGCUCCCACAGCUACAACGAUUUCACAUUUGGGAUAAAUGACUUGCAAACACCAGUCCAACAAUCAGUUAAGGUUAUAAAUGAUAUCAGAGCACUUAAUUUCACUGUGGUGAUCAGGGUUCCUGUGAGGCUUGGUGAAAAAGAGAUUUGGUUGAAUUUGAGCAGCCUACAGAUUUCAGGCUGUCAGAGAGGAGAUGAUGAAGAACCAGGUGUCAGGAAUUUUGUUGAAAGCAUACAAAAAAAUAAAACUGUGGACUGCUCUGUAGCCAUGUGCAGGGUGUUCAAGUGCAGCACAUUUAUGGGAAGACUGCAGAGUAGGACAUAUGAAAUUUCUGCCAACCUCACUUCAGGAUGGAUAGAGCAGAUUGGACUUCAGUCUGCCAAAUUCCUUUUGAUCAGCACAGCCACUCUGGAAACUGACAAAAACCAGUACAUCUACUUUCCAGCAGGGUCUGACAACAAUUCUUCUGUUCGCAAGAUUAUAGCCGAGGUAGAAGUGUAUCCUCAGCCAGAUUUCACCAAAGCGAUCAUUGGAGGAUGCCUGGGAGGAUGCCUGGGAGGGCUGGCUUUUCUGGCUUUACUCACUACUGGCCUGUAUAAGGGUGGAUUUUUCAAGAGUAAAUACAAACAGAUGAUGAGUGAAAAUCCACAAUAUGGACCAGUUCCACAGAUGGAUGCAGGAGCACCCCCAACAGAAUAAUAAAGAUCACAUUGGUAGUUGCAUCUAUAUGAAAGCUAUAGGCCCUCCUGAUAUUUUUAGGGGUGUAGAAAUGUUGACGCUAGAACAUUUGAUUCGUGAAAGAAAAACCAGCUGGCUGUCUAAAAUCACCCCCUAAGUUAUUCAUUAUUACACUAUAUUGCCAAAAAUAUUCAUGAUCUGCCAUGUGCACAUUGCGCUGUGCCAUGGUGUGCAUAAUUUGUCAGUAUAGAGAACACAUCUACAUUGCUUUAGAAUCCAGUGGUGGUGUGCUGUAUCCGAUGGAUCCGAUGCUUUGCAUUGCGAUUGGUGAAGUAAGACUUGGCUGCAGCUGCUCAGCCAUGGUAACCCAAUGUAUUAAGCUGAAUAAGCAGAAAAAUACAAUUGCCAAUCGACUGCUUAAAUCCCACACGUGCACAUGAAGGCAAAACAUUACAAGCAGAGAAAAAGUCUGUAUACUUAAAUAAAUCACGCAAAACUAAAUAUAGUGAACUACUUGAGCAGAUGUAAUGAUUUUGAACAGGUCCUUUGAAGCAUUAUGGUAGGAACUUUGUUCUUGUAAAGUGACUUUUUUUAUUAUUUGAAGACUCUUAACUGAUUCUCUACAAUGAAACCUUUUUGUGUUUACAUUUCUGCAAACAUAUUUUUUUAAAGAAUUUGUUGUAUGGUGAAAAGAAGCUUUUUUUUUAUCAUUACGUACUGUAACAUGUAUGGAAUACAAUAUAUAUACUUACAAGCACUUGUUUAAAAAAAUAAAGAAAGAAACGUGACUUGCUUUCUUGGGAAUAAAUAGCAGCAUAUGUAAUUA